AUGUCAUCUGCGACUAAUGAAAAUGAAAAUGAGCGGGAUGGUCUCGACGCUUGGGUCUCCCGUGCGAAGGCUAAGAACCAAGAUACAAUUCAUCGGCUGAAGGAGUUAACCCAUAGAAACGGUGCCAAACCCAACCACAAGGCCACCCAAGAACGUCAGUAUUUGGGUGACGUGUCGUCACAGUACGGGGCGUCCCGUUCAGAAACUCGUCCAACCGCCAGAAGAAAGCCUCUUGGAGGAGGAGAAGGAGCACCCUUGCGCCAGCAAACAAUUGAAUUGGGUGCCCACAAUUUAUCAAAAGAUAUAAAAGUUGCUCAAGCUUCAAAAGAUAGAAAAUCUCUGGCUGUGACCGCUGGGCUGGUACUGGCGCCGUUGGCAGAAGAAACUCGUGGUCUCCCGAGGAAAAGACAAGCCACAGAGUCGAGCACCAACUUGGUCGAGAAACUCCAUAUAUCAAGUGAGACAAGUGUGGCCAAGUUCAAGAAGUCUAAGCGUAUUGAUUAUGAAUGGCAGGAUCUUGACGAGGAAGACCAUGACGAUCCAUUGAUGGUGAGCGAAUACGUCAACGAGAUUUUCCCAUACUUGCACGAGCUCGAACAAAAAACACUUCCCGAUCCAAACUACCUCUUCGAGCAGACCCAACUCAAACCUAAGAUGCGCUCGAUUCUCGUUGAUUGGCUCGUAGAGAUGCAUCAGAAGUUCCGACUUUUGCCAGAAACUCUCUUCUUGGCAAUAAACAUCAUGGAUAGAUUCAUGUCCGUUGAAGUUGUUCAGAUAGACAAGCUUCAGCUCUUGGCCACGGGCUCACUUUUCAUUGCUGCAAAGUACGAAGAAGUCUUUUCACCAUCAGUGAAGAAUUACGCUUAUUUUACUGACGAAUCUUAUACUGAAGACCAGAUCCUUCAAGCAGAGAAAUACAUUCUCACCAUCCUCAAUUUCGAUCUCAACUACCCUAAUCCGAUGAACUUCUUGCGUCGAAUCUCAAAGGCUGAUGAUUAUGACGUACAACUGAGGACUCUCGGCAAAUACCUCCUUGAGAUUUCAAUUAUUGACUAUCGCUUCAUCGGUAUGCUUCCGUCGCUCUGCUCCGCAGCUGCUAUGUACAUUUCAAGACUCAUACUCGGUAAAGAUCCUGUCUGGAAUGGAAACUUGAUCCAUUACUCUGGUGGAUACCGCGUUAGCGAUAUGAGGGAAUGCAUUGAACUCCUAGUUCAGUACCUUGUUUCCCCUGUGGAACACGAUGAAUUCUUCAAGAAAUACGCUACACGGAAAUUUAUGAAAGCAAGCAUUGUUUGCCGCAGCUGGGCGAAGAAGUUCAUGGCAGAAAAGAAGGAUUUAUUCGACGAGCUGCUUUUAACCGAGAAGAUUUCUAAGUGA